AUGUAUGAAGUUCACAUGUUCACGAUUUUUAAUUUGCUUUCUAUAGAAUAUAAUGAGAUCACUAUGACGGAGGUCGAGGCAGUGUUGGGGAAACUGAAAGAGAUUGGACACGAUCUUGGGAAAGAAAGGGUUGCCGAUGCUCUGGCAAAUAUCCUGAAAGAUCUGUCGAAAAAUGGAGGAAAGAUGCAUACGAUUCUCACCCAACUUGGCUGUAUUGGGUUUGGUGUCAAGAACAUGCUUGACGGGGACAUUGGAACAAAAUUGAUUGGUUUGAAUUCUGUCGUGUCUGCUAUUCAAGUGUUAGCUCCAGUUUUCGAACGCCCUGCAAAGGAGUUUGCAAAUUUCAUAUGUUCUAUUUUCUCAUCUACGGAUCGAAACAGUAGUGAUGUUUUAUGUCAUGGUAGUCUUCGGGGUGCUAGCGCGAUUGAUAUGCUGGCUAAGGUAAUAUCAGGCACUCAUGAUUCCUACGGAUAUGAUGUGAUGAAAGCCGAUGUAGAUGGCGCAUGUCGAGUGUUUUCCUUUGCACAUCACGUUCUUAUUGGUGUGAGCUCUGAUUCUGACGAGUGUCCGAACAGAAGGGAAAUAUCGGAUGUGAUUAAUACAAUUGGCAUAAACAACGGUGUGAACACGUUAGGAAAAAUAGCGUCAAGAAUUGUUUCAUUGAUGGAAAACGAGCCUACAACACAAUCAGAGAGAGAACUGUCCAUGUAUAGCGAGAGAGUUAUCAAGUACAUCGACAUGUACUGUCACCUUGCAAUUCUACGUGACGCAGUCAUGCUGGAGUUCUACGCUUUGCUUAUAUCCUCAGGACAUUCUGACCGCCUGGCAAAAGGUGUCACGGAAGGAAUGGAAGGUGAGCACGAGCGGGACAGGAACUUGAUGAAAUCGUUGGUACUCCCUAACCAAAAACAUGUUCGGUUUGCCUCAUUCUUUGAUCCUGACCGUUGGCCGUUCACUUUUAAAUUCAUUGAAGGCUACAAGGAUUUCUAUACAAUGGACAAUCUGGAUAAGGUACCAGUUGUCAUGAACACUGUGAAAUGGAUGAAUUGGUUUGCAACACACGACACAAAACCAGCAGUAUGUCUCCGUUCCUUGAAAUCCUCGUUGGAAAGACCACUGGACAAAUUAAAACACAACUUCGUCUUACUGAAGAAAGAGGGAUCUUCCUGUUACUAUAUUUGCCCUCAAGGUAAGAAGGAUAUGUAUGUUGUUAUGAGGAAUGACGAUAAGAAGUGGGUGGAGGUCAGACGAGGAAAGCCUGGCAAAGAAGGCGAGUGGAAUCUCUUCAAUGUUCAGGACAAAGACUCUGUGUAUAUUCUCUCCACCAGGCGAUGGCCAGUUCAUUUUCUGAGUAUGUCCGACACGUGGCUUGGCUGGAUACAUGGAAAGACAGCGUCUGUCUCGGACCCGUCUGUGCAAUGGAUAAUACAGUACAACGGAUCGAGGGCGUAAGGCGUUGUUAGUCAAUUGCCCUCCUAUUUUCUGCAAUGGCUUUAGUGCAUAGACAGUACUGGCAUGUAAUUUUGAUACCUUUAUAAAGGAACUCCGGUCGCGAUUUUGAAAAAGUUUUGUAUUUAUUCUGUCAAAAUUUAAUUACUCCUGUUACGUUUAUUUUGAAUUAUUUGAAGAUUUGAAACUACUAUAUAUGAGCUGGCGAACUAAUGAUGGUAGAGCCCGCAAAUAGAACCAGCAUCAAAGAUGUGCGAGAAAAAUGUAACAAAUAUAACUUUUUUGUAUCUCGUUAAAUAGCUCUUCAAUUUAUAUUAGCCAUGGCAUAGAUAUGAUAUAGUAUGUUCUUGAAUCAUCAGAAAUCUUUAGGAAGCUGGAUUGUUACUAUUGAGACGUGGAAAACUUCAAUACGGGAGAAGGCACCAGCAGGUGACUUGACAUGACACAACCUGUUUCUUAAAGUGAAUGUGGUUAACAAUAUGGACAGGUGUGAUGAUCUCCUUUAUUUGGAUAUAUGCAGUGAGAAAAUAAAGAAUUUAGAUAUCAA